AUGGGAGACUGUAGAGACUACGUCGAGUCUACCCCAUCAUGUCUGCCGGCUGGAGCUACCUUGGAGCGCCAGAUCCUAUUCUCGCGCUCGGACACGGUUCCGUCUCGACACCCUCAGGGAGGAAAGACUGGCGAGGACCAUGUCCUUGGGCUCUGCCGCAUCUGGAAUUGCAAAGAAGCAGGCGAGACUAGCAAGGCAGGAUAA